CGCCUCAACCACCUGUGGUGGCUUCUCCUCUCCCCGCUCCCCUCCUGCCCCUUCCCUUCGUCCUCAGAUCCGCCGAUCCCCCGCCCCUGCGCCUCCGUCUCAUGAUCUCUGCGCCUCUGCGGGUGCCGGCGCCGAAGGCUGCCGCCGGGGGUUCGUUCCUGCUCGGCGCGUCCUCCGUCGAGUCCAAUCCCAAUCCCAAGCCCAGCAGGAUCCGCUGCGCCGCCGCCACGCUGUACGAGGUCCUGGGCCUGCGCGCCGGCGCGACGGGCCGGGAGAUCAAGGCCGCGUACAGGCGCCUGGCGCGGGAGCGGCACCCGGACGUGGCGCACGCGCCCGGGGCCGCCGCCGAGUUCGCCCGCCUGCACGACGCCUACGCCACGCUCUCCGACCCGGACAGCCGCGCGCGCUACGACGGCGGCGGCGCCGCGCCCGCGGCGGCGGUGGCGAGGCGCCCCUGGAGCGGCGCCGUCUACGGCCGGCCCCGACGCCGCACAUGGGAGACGGACCAGUGCUGGUAGUAGAGAGUAGAGAGGCACAGCCAAGAGCCCCACGCGCUUCUUGUCUGUCUGUAGAAUAGUUAGACCUCCUGCCGCCAGCCAUGCGGCCAUGGCGGCUCACCUUGGACUUUUUUUUUGGUUUCGGUGGCCAUCCAUGUAGCGUGAUUUUUCGUUUUCCUUCCUCCACUUGCCCUUGUACCUGUGUGCUGUGGUCUUGACUUCUUGAGAUGUAAAUACUAGUACUUGAUGAGAUGGUUGGAGGAGUAGCCGCCCUGCCUCUGUUAAUUCUAAAUAAUCCAAGCUGUUCUCUCC